ACACUGUGGUUAAGAUGCGUCGACAAACACCUUGCGCUGGAUUUAUAGCUAUUGAAGAUAAAAAAGGAGGAUUUUUUUGUCCUUGUUGGAUGUAAUGGAGUAGGACGCAGUUUGGAGUGCGUAUAAUUGUGUAUUUAUUUUUUUAAAAAAUAACCCAAUGGAAAUUGGAGGACGGAAUCCGAAAGCAGCCGCGUUGUUGUUUGAGGAGAAGGUUUGAUAGAGAGAGGGAGAGAGAGAUGGUCAUGAUGGUGAUGAUGAUGAUGUCGGCGUCUCCUGCGUUCUCUCUCAUCGCGCUCGCGUGCCUCGGGUGGUCCUGCGCGCACGAUGCGGUCAGGAAACCUCGCCAGAUCCUCAGCUCAGGUGACGCGAAUCCUCAGUCCGGUUUCACCGGCCUGACCCCAGCUCCCACCGUGCUGACCGCAGAGGCGCAAACCACCAGCUCCAUCCAGCCUCCCACCAGCGACCCCAGCUCCCCAUCCCCGGAGCACUUGCGAGAAGAUGCUGCUGUCCUGAUGGAGCUCCAUCAACCCAGAGCUGAGCGUCUGCUGGCACAAAGACGCCAGAGCUCGGUGUCUGAUAAAGCUCAGGACGCAGGGGUUAUCACAACCUCAGACAAUUCCCAAGAGCUGGUGUGUAACUGCAGUACGGAGGGAGUGUUGGACCCGGACGAGUGUGACCGUGACACGGGUCAGUGUGUGUGUAUGGCGGGAUACACUGGGCUCCAGUGUGAGGAGUGUGAGGAAGAUCACUUCAGCAACGGAACCGUGGGCUGCCUGCCCUGCGGCUGCGACUCCCACGGCGCCGUCGGCCUGGGAUGUGACAGCUCGGGGACGUGUGUGUGUAAGACGGGAGUGUACGGCCCCAAGUGUGACGACUGCCACCCGGGAUUCUUCCACUUCAGCAGCUCGGGGUGUCAGCCGUGUCAGUGCAAUGGACACUCCACCUACUGCCACCCACAAUCUGGUGUGUGUAUGGACUGUCAGGACAACACUCAGGGGCACAACUGUGAGGAGUGUGUACCACGCUACUACCGAGCCCCAGGUGGAGGUGUGAUGGAUGAGUGUUUGCCCUGCCCCUGUCCCAGCCACAGCUCUACAGGCACCUGCCACCUCGACUCCAGCAGCGGUCACGCUGCUUGUGAUGAGUGUAAGCCUGGCUUUGCUCCACCUACAUGUGAAGUGUGUAUAGACGGCUUUUAUAAAGUGGGAAGCGAGUGUGUGCGCUGCGAGUGUAAUGGGAACGCCGAUCCACGCUCAGCGCCCAGGAUCUGCCUUCCGGAGAGCGGGCGCUGCCUCCUGUGUGCCAACCACACCGCUGGAACACACUGUGAGCUCUGUGCCUCUGGAUACACUGGAGAUGCGCGCGCCCACAACUGCACACUGAGAGCCUCGAGGACAUUCCCGAAUCCCACAAGAACUUCCAUCACCACCAGCCCGCAGGGCUCCACCUCUGCACCUCCAUCGUCCCUCCUCUUCACCUCGUCCCCUAGCAAAGCCCCACCCCUCCAGUCCGGCUCCGGAGACCCCACAGCUAGCAACAGCACGGCCUCUGCGCUCGCUGUGGUCUCGUGGACGCAGUUCAACGUCAUCGUACUAGCCGUGAUCAUCGUCCUGCUGGUGCUGCUCAUGGGCUUCGUGGGCGCCGUGUACACGUAUCGCGAGUACCGCAACCGCAAGCUCAACGCUCCGUUCUGGACCAUCGAGCUGAAGGAGGACAACAUCAGCUUCAGCAGCUACCACGACAGCAUCCCGCACGCCGAGCCCGGCGUCCUGCUGGAGGAGGAGCAAUGCUCUGCACCGUCCAACGGCCAGCUCGCUUUAGCACCCGCCGCUAACGUCUUCAAGGCGUGACAGGAAGCGCGUCUGCGCCAGACAGCGGAAAAGACGCUUCACAUUUCCAAGACAUCCAGCUAACAUCUCAGUCCGGUGGAUCAUUAAGUUAAACCCGCUUAAGAACGCGAAGCGGAAGAAACUUUCAAGGUUUUAUCGCUCUGUCUCUCGCUGUUGUAUGUGCAAAGCGCUAAAAUGUGGGGAGAUGGCCGUGAGAAUCAAACAAGAUGCUGUACAUUUUUGACCCUUUCUCAUGGAGCUAACGCUAACGUCAUCGCCGCAACGGUGCCACAUACGCUACGAAGCAUGCUAAUGAGCUCUAGGAUCUGACACUACGUCAUUUUCAAAGAACGAAGGCUUGCACUUAGAACUGAAGAUAAUGUCUCAGUGCAGUGACUAAUCUGUUUCAACUUGUUACUUCCCGUGUUUAUGCUAUGUACAAAAGCGUGAAAGGAGGCUCACAUUGAUAAGAUAAAGAUUGCUCACCUGGCGCUAGAAGCUAAACUCAGUUUAGUCAGCGUGGGAUCACCGCACCAUUUCUGAUGCCAUGGAUGGAAAAAAAAAAAAAAUAUAUAUAUAUAUAUAUGAGGAAAUGUGAGCUUUACUUUGUCACCCGCUAAUGCUUGGAGCUAAUGCUAACAUUUCAGUCCAGUUGUUGGCUCUCUUAAGACAGUUUUGAAGAAGUUAUGUACAAAAAUGCCAAUGCUUACACCCAGAUACAAUCAUCUCUAAGGCUUAAUUUCAUACGAAAUGCAAAAGUAAGUGCACCCAGGAGAAAGGUUUCAGAAGAAUCUCCUUCAGAAGCUAAUGCUCGCAUCUCUGUCCAGUAGCUUGACCUUUGAUCCCCUGCUCUCUUGUGUGUGCUCCUGGAAAUCUAACCAUUUCUGAAUAGGAAUUGACAUCAUUAGGAAGCUGAAGCUAACACAUGCUAAUACUAGGGAGCUGAGUUUGCCGGUUAAACCAGCGAAAAAGGUUAAAAGGUGUUCGCUAAAGCCAGUGUCUGAAUCUGUCCAACACUCAGACCUCGAGAGUCGUUAAUCUGGAGUGAUUGACAGUUUUGGACUGACCCCUCUGCAAAACCCCACCCCAUUUUUUCUAUUUCCUUGCCGGAAACAUGCUCUGGUGCCACGUCCCUGCUUUCAGUCAUGGUAAAUAUUUUGGGUUUAUCGUGUAAACAUGUAAUAAAAUUGAUCAGCGUGUUGAUCGAGCCACCAUUAAACAGGUUUAUAGCCAACGUUUCGCUCUCAUUGAAAAAAACUGCUGAAAUGAAAUAAUGUUCCAGACGAUUGAGUCAUCCUGCGGUUGUUUGGAAUCGUUUUAGCCGUAGCGGUCAUUAGAAAGUGUUUGUUAUUUUUUUGCUUUAUUACUAGCAAACAGCGUGGCUACAUCGUGACUUGUGUAAUCUCCCUGUUUGUCAUCAGACAGUAUCCCCUGCCACCCGUUCGGCAGAACCGAGCCGUAAGAAGCGAGCGAAAGAUCUUGUGCUGAUGGCCACGCUAAUGUGAGCUGAACUGUUUCCAACCCAAAUAUUAUGAGACAUCUUCCUUCAGGCAGCGCUCUCUGGCCCAGGUUCCUCCCCCUCAGCUCAAGCUGAAUGUCAGUGACGUAAAUAUGAGCAUAUCCAUAGAAACACAUCUGAAGUGAAUCACACCUCUGACGUACAGAUCUGAUUUUGCUUUCUGGGAUUGUUGCUACACACCCAGUGAUGAACUCCCGUUAUAUACAUGACUUUAAAUGGCUGAAUGAUUUUACAACAAUAAAAAAAACGUCAUUUCGUAUGAAGUGCUUCAAGCAGAAGAGGAUUUUUCACCACGGAAACCGAGAUUAUUUCUUUAUUUUCCCAGUCUAAACUUUCCCUCUGAACUACCACUCUACACUCUUGAUUUUUAGCCCCGGAGGUUCACACAUACCUUCGCUCUCGGUGUUACGACGUCAUGUGCCGAUGCAUCGUGAUCAUAAUUUUUUAUGAUUUUUACCACAGAAAUUAAUCUAAAUGAACACAAAAUAAAAUAUAAUCCAAAACAUUUUUAUUAAAAAGAUUAUUAACUUACAUUCCAGUCAAAAAUCCUAAAAUUGUAAUUUUAUGAAGCAAAAAUCUUUGAACCACCAUAUGCACCUUUCUGAAGCCAUUAUGCUGGCCACACCCCCUCACUUACCUUUCUGCAGAAACCCAUCCACCUCUCUAAAGCCACCCUCUUGGUCAGACCUCACCUAUCUGCAGGCUUCCUCUUGGUCACACCCCCUUACCUAUCUUAAGCCAUCCUCUUGACCACACCCCCCAGCUAUCUGCAGGCUUCUUCUUGGCCACACCCCCUCAGCUAUUGCACACUUCCUCUUGGCCACACUUCCUCAACUGUCUGCAAGUUUCUUCUUGGUCACACCCCCAAGCUAUCUAAAGCCAUCCACAUGACCAUACCCCCUUAGUGAUCUGCAGGCUCCGUUUUGGCCACACCCCCUCAGCUAUCUGCAGACUUCUUCUUGGCCACACCCCCUCAGCUAUUGCAGGCUUCCUCUUGGCCACACCCCCUCAGCUAUUGCAGGCUUCCUCUUGGCCACAACCCUUUAGCUAUCUGCAGGCUCCCUCUUGGCCACACCCCCUCAGCUAUCUGCAGGCUUCUUCUUGGCCACACCCCCUCAGCUAUCUGCAGGUUUCUUCUUGGCCACACCUCCUCAGCUAUUGCAGACUUCUUCUUGGCCAUACCUCCUCAACUGUCUGAGAGUUUCUUCUUGGCACACCCCCUUAGCUAUCCACAUCCACAUGACCAUGCCCCCUCAGUUAACUGCAGACUUACUUUUGGCCACACCCCCUCAACUGUCUGCAGGCUACACCUCCGCAACUAUUGCAGGCUCCCUCUUGGCCACACCCCCUCAGCUGUCUGCAGGUUUCUUCUUGGUCCCACCCCCCUAGGCUAUCGAAAGCCAUCCUUUUGACCACACCCCCUCAGCUAUCUGCAGGCUUUCUUUUGGCCACACCUUUUUGGCUAUCUGCAGGAUUCCUUUUGGCUACACCUCCCCAGCUGUCUGCAGGUGUCUUUUUGGCCACAUCCCCAUAGCUAUCUAAUACCAUCCUCUUGCCCACACCCCCUCAGCUAUUGCAACCUUCCUCUUGCACACACCCCCUCAGCUGUCUGCAGGGUCCUUCUUGGUCACACCCCUUUAGCUAUAUAAAGCCAUCCUUUUGGCCACGUCCCCUUAACUAUCUGAAGCCAUCCUCUUGGCCACACCCCUUCCUCAAUCUGAAGCCAUCCUCUUGGCCAUGCCCCCUGACACAUCUUUGCAGACAUCCUUUCAGCCAUGCCCCCUCACUCAUCUCUAUAAAGACUCCCUAGUUAGGUAAACUGUUAAGUCAGAUUACAUUGAUUUUUAUCUUACUGUGUGUUGAAAAUCACACCGAUUAUAUUGUAGAGUUCUCGGCACAUGACCGUUACUGACAUGUCACGACACAAGGUCUCGGGUGAAGUGCAGAACAUCAGCGACAUGAGAAAAGAUUCAGUCUGAUGAAUGAUUUCCAGUGAGAACGACCAAUACGAAACAAUCUAGCGUGUGUUAUUUACCCUGUGCUUGUUGCUAGUGAUGUUAACAAACAUAAGAAUAUGUUUGUGUGUGUGUGUGUGUAUAGAGCUGGAUUCUAUACAAGAUUGUACAAAGACAUUCUGGAGAUAAACAGAUGCUGCACGGAUUCCCUCAAAGUUUGGACGCAGUGUUCUGAAACUGAAAAGCCAUCGAAUACACAUCGGGUUUUGUUUUUUUGUUUUAUUUUUAACCAGCAGAAAAUACACGUAUGUCUUAAAGACUUUUGGAGAAGAGCUGUGUGUGUGUGUGUGUGUGAAAUGAAAUGUACAGGUCUGUGGUUUUUUAAUGAAAAAAAAGAAAAGAAAAGACAAGAAAAAAAAUCCCUGGAAAUGUGAUGUGGCUGAAAAAAAAGUGCAAAUGAACUGAAACGGACUCGCGACCGGACUUCACCUUUGUAAUAAUGUAUUAUUAUUAUUAUUAUUAUUAUUAUUAUUAUUAUUAUUUGAAAUCAUAUUUAUUUUUUUGUGUCCAUCUGUGCUAUUGCGUUUGUUCUGCAUUUCUCGCGUCCGUGACCUCUCGAGUGCGUCAAACGGAACGGAAAAGACGUCAGAAAACGUCAACAUCCCUUUUUCUUUUCAGUCAUGAGACAAAAUGCUGUAUGUUACAAAAAAAACCCAAAUUCUCAGAAGCCUCUUCAGAUUCUUGUCAUUCCCAAAAGACAUGCAAUGGAAAUAUAUAAAAUAACACUCUACCUUCUGUUCGAGAGGCAGAUUUUUUUUUAUUUUUUUGCCUCAUGAACAUACAGAGCUCCAUGUGUCAAAAUGUUCCUGCUCACACUGCAUCGAGAGUAAUGUUUCAGCAUGGGUUUGUAUUUCAAAUUAAAUCUGUAGUAAUAAUAGUGUGUAUCAUAAACAUGGGCUUCCUCACCGCUUCACCGCUUCGUCACUUCGCCUCACCUAGCAAAAUUCUGUUUUUUUUUUUUUUUACACAUUUU